AUGAUAGCCGACGACUGGAUGGCACGCGGCUCUCUUUUGGCGCCUUGGCCUUUUCUGGCGGUUGAGUUGAUCGUCGAGUGGCGAUGCUUGGCAAAAUAUAAAAUAUUUGCUCGUCCGUAUGGGAACCUGGCACCCUGGACGUCGUCCGACUCUGUUUCCCGGAACGGUGACAAGGACGUCAAGGACGCUGGUUCCGAAGUUGCCGUAGACGGACAAGUUUACCCAGCACAUGUUUCGAUCGACCGUGCGAGGGGGUCCCUUGGCUGA